UCUUAACAGUCUUAAUCUGGAGUGUACACUGAGACAUUCUGAAAGGAAUGCUGUUUAACUCACAGACGCGGGCCAACAGGCAGUAAAACUGGUAGGUGCUGAAGAUACAAAACUGACAAGAUAUUGCCCUGCCUUCAUCAGCUCCCGUUCUAGUUGGGAGAAACAAAGAGAAGACCAUUAAAGAGCACAGCCCAAGCAGAGAGCAAAGUCUAUUUCCCUCAACAUCAGAUGUUACACUCAGUUGCUGAUCCAAUCUUUCCUACAGAGACGAUAAGAGGCUGGAAAAACUGGAUCAUUAGUGAAGGAACACUAUGGCCACUUCAAGAUGACAAGCACACACUGGACUAAAUUGUUUCACUGAAACGAAACCUUCUAUCAAAAAAAGAAAAAAAAAUUAAGGCCUCCACCUCCCAAAGUUACAAAAUGAUCAAUUCCACCACCACACAGCCUCCAGAGGAGUCCUGCUCCCGGAACAUCCUCAUCACUCAGCAGAUCAUUCCUGUGCUGUACUUUGUGGUCUUCAUCGCAGGGACCCUGCUCAAUGGUGUAUCUGGAUGGAUAUUCUUCUACGUGGCCAGCUCCAAGAGUUUCAUCGUCUAUCUCAAGAACAUUGUCGUUGCUGACUUUCUGAUGAGUCUGACCUUUCCCUUCAAGAUCCUUGCCGAUUCAGGGCUAGGGCCCUGGCAGAUCAAUGUGUUUGUGUGCAGGGUGUCUGCUGUGCUCUUCUAUGUCAAUAUGUAUGUCAGCAUUGUGUUCUUUGGGCUCAUCAGCUUUGACAGAUACUAUAAAAUUGUAAAGCCUCUUUCGACUUCUUUCAUCCAUUCAGUAAAUUACAGCAAACUCCUGUCAGUGGUGGUCUGGAUGCUCAUGCUCCUUCUGGCUGUCCCCAACAUUAUCCUGACCAACCAGAAGGCUACUAACGGGAAGGUGACACAUAUAAAAUGUGUGAAACUUAAAAAUGAACUGGGACUUAAGUGGCACAAAGCAUCAAACUACAUCUUUGUGGGCAUCUUCUGGAUUGUGUUUUUUCUGUUGAUCAUUUUCUAUACUGCUAUCACGAGGAAAAUCUUCAAGUCCCACCUUAAGUCUAGAAGGAAUUCCAUUUCGGUCAAGAAGAAAUCUAGCCGCAAUAUAUUCAGCAUCAUGUUUGUGUUUUUUGUCUGUUUUGUACCUUACCACAUUGCCAGAAUUCCCUAUACGCAGAGCCAAACAGAAGCUCAUUACAGCUGCCAGUCUAAAGAAAUUUUGCUCUAUGUAAAAGAAUUCACUCUGCUACUGUCAGCUGCAAACGUAUGCCUAGAUCCUAUUAUUUAUUUCUUUCUGUGCCAGCCAUUUAGAGAAAUCUUAUGUAAGAAACUGCACAUCCCAUUAAAAACUCAGCAUGACUCAGAAACUUCCAAAACCAAAAGAGGAAAUACAAUGCAUGAAAGCACAGACACUCUGUGAAUUCCCACCUCCUUUCAAACAAAAUCCAUGUACACAUAUUGCAAUCUUCAGUUACAUAAGACUAAAUAAGAAACAUGUCCAUGCUAAUAAGUAUAAUCUCUAGGCAUUACAAUCCAAUUUAGUAUAAUAAUAAAAACAAAAUAUAAGUUUUCCUGCUUUUUUAUAACAUCAGAGAAAAAAGUAACACAUGCAUUACUCCAUUUUAUUCCUUCGAAGCAGAAGAUUUAAAUCACUAGCCUGGUCAGUUAAUGUAGAAAUUUAAAUAGCAUAAAGAAAAUAGGAAGCAAUCAAGGCAAUUCACUGGGGUGUCUUCCUUCUCUAAAUACAAGGAUUAAGUUAUGUGGUUUUUUUAUGUUUUAUAUGGAGACUUAUUAAGCCACUAAAUGAGCCUGGAGCUCUGGUGUUAAAAUAUUUUUAAGUGGACUCUAUUGAAGGAAGCUGGAUAUUGGGAAGCGUUGCCGGCAACUUCCCCUGUUCAAUGGCACUGGGAAAAAAACACGCUGACGGGAACAAAGACAAAAACAUACACACAUACACUGCGUGUACAUACAUACAUCUAGGGGCAGAGGAAGGAGUUUUCUUAGAAAGCAAGAGGACUUGAAAAAAAGGAAAAUCUAGGAUUUACAAUUAUGAGUGAAAAAUUACACAUAAAGUGAAAAUCUACAUAUCACAUUUUCUGAAAAAGCAUAUGAACUUAAAAUGUGCAGAUAUGGGAUAUGGUUGCUGGCUUGUGAGUUAUCAAAACUAUUUCUCUGCUAUUAACUGGCUAGAAGAUAUCUAGGCCAUCUUCCAAAUGUUCUUCUCAAACUAUUUGUAAGUCAUGUGCAUAUACUUUUUUCC